GGUUUGAGGGGCUGGCGGAAGCUAGCUUUUCAAUAUGGCGACCGAGGUAGACGGGCUGCUCAAACGAGUGCUGGUGCCGAUUCUUUUACCUGAGAAAUGCUACGACCAAAUUUUCAUCCAGUGGGACCUGCUUCACGUUCCCUGCCUCAAGAUUCUCCUCAGCAAAGGCCUGGGGCUGGGCAUUGUGGCUGGCUCACUUCUGGUAAAACUACCCCAAGUGUUUAAACUCCUGGGGGCCAAGAGCGCGGAAGGGUUGAGUUUCCAGUCAGUAAUGCUAGAGCUAAUGGCGUUAACUGGGACCAUGGUCUACAGCAUCACCAACAACUUCCCCUUCAGCUCUUGGGGUGAAGCUCUGUUCCUGAUGCUCCAGACAGUCACCGUUGCCUUCCUGAUCCUGCACUACAGAGGACAGACUGUGAAAGGUGUUGCCUUCCUAGUGUGCUCCGCCCUGGUCCUGCUGGUGCUGCUUUCACCACUGACGCCCCAGGCUGUAGUCACCCUGCUCCAGGCCUCCAACAUGCCUGCUGUGGUGGUGGGAAGGCUGCUCCAGGCAGCCACCAACUACCGCAAUGGGCACACAGGCCAGCUCUCAGCCAUCACAGUCUUUCUGCUCUUUGGGGGCUCCCUGGCCCGAAUCUUCACCUCCAUUCAGGAAACUGGAGACCCCCUCAUGGCUGGAACCUUUGUAGUCUCUUCCCUCUGCAAUGGCCUCAUCGCUGCCCAGCUCCUCUUCUACUGGAAUGCAAAGGCUCCCCACAAGAAGAAGAAGGAGCAGUAGAGUUGAGCUGGCUCCUGGAGUACAUUCCAUGUUUCUAUUCAUCCACCCAACCUUGGGAUCCUUACCAUCUGAACCAGUCUGCUGGUGUGACUUUUAAU